AUGGACGAGCGCACAGAAUUUCAAUCCGAUGUAAGAACCUUAAGAAGCAAGAAAAGGUUUGAGACUGGCAACCCAGUACCCUUAAGAGAAGCCCCUCUGAGGGAGAAGCUCAGAAAGGGUCGACAGAGCCCGCCGAAAGACAAGGAGGAAGACGAGACGCCACCAAAAGAACAAGAUAAGCAGAAGAGCAGCAGUUCUUCUCCCACGUGCAGAAACUUGGCAAGAGUGACCUACUCCAGAGAAGAAAGAAGCCUAAUUCAUUCAAAGGGUAAGGAGAGGGACGGCGAAUCGCAGGCGAGGGAGAACCCAGCAGAAGCAGCCGAGGAGACGGCGAGGGAGGGUCACCGUGGAGGAGCGGCGAGGGAAGGUUUAGGGACCAGCGGCAGGGAGGCAGCGAUGCGAGAGAGGAACAGCAGGAUGAGUAGAAAGGUUCUAGCAGGAAGCUCCCCGGCCAAGGCCCAACAAUCGAUGACAGAUGGGGGUACGAUACCAGAUAUAUGGACCUGCCCAAUGGAAAGCUGCGAUGGAUCGGGACACACAACUGGCAAGUUUGCACGCCACAGAUCGGUGCAGUACUGCCCGACAGCAAGGAAGCGCCUCGCCGCCGCCGCCGCAGACGACCCUCCAAGCAAGCAGCCGAGACGGCCGGCCAAGGUCACGCCGAAGGUCAACGCCACUGCCGCCCGCCACGAGAGGGCACCGGCUGCGAUGGCCGCGUCGGGAGGCGUGCGUUCGGAGCCAGUGACAGCGCGGGCGCAGCCUCCCGGCGUCGUCGUCGUCGGGGGCGACGGCGUCGCGGAUGCUGCGGCGGCGACGGGGACCAUGACGACGGAGAUGAGGAAACUGCUGAAGAGCUUCAGGUUGUCGUGCACGAGGGAGGAUGAGGCCACGAGGGAGGAUGCAGCCGCAAGGGAGUGUGCAGCCACGAGGGAGGAUGCAGUCGUGAGGGAGCGUGCAGCCGCAAGGGAGUGUGCAGCCACGAGGGAGGAUGCAGCCACGAGGGAGUGUGCAGCCGCGAAAGAGGAUGCAGCCACGAGGGAGGAUGCAGCCGCGAGGGAGGAUGAGGCCACGAGGGAGGAUGCAGCCGCGAGGGAGUGUGCAGCCGCGAGGGAGUCUGCAGCCGCGAGGGAGUGUGCAGCCGCGAAGGAGUGUGCAGCCGCGAGGGAGGAUGCAGCCGCGAGGGAGGAUGCAGCCGCGAGGGAGUGUGCAGCCGCGAAGGAGUGUGCAGCUGCGAGAGAGUGUGCAGCCGCGAGAGAGCGUGCAGCCGCGAGGGAGCGUGCGGUCGAUUCCCCAUGCGUGAGAAAGCCAGUUGCCGGCUCGCUGACCUCGAAGGACUGCGCGGUACAGACGCUAGCUCUCAGUGCGCGCGCAGUCGCGGCGUUUGCCGCGAGGGACCCAGGCCAGAAGAGGCAUGCCGGCAUGGGGGCGGCCGCACGUAGGAACGCGAGUGGCGCAGCAGAGUUGAAGGAGCCCACGUGGUUGGCAGCAGGUGUUAGUAAACCGGCCAGUGUUGUACAGUGUGUGAAGGAGUCUACAGGCAUGGUGCAGCAUGCUGGCAACGCGUCUGGCAAAAAGGAGUCUGCAGGCAUGGUGCAGCAUUCUGGCAACGCGUCUGGCAAAAAGGAGUCUGUAAGCGCGUCCGGCUGUCCGCUGGGCGCACGCAAUAGCAUGCGACUGAAGACGGAGAUCAACAUCGAUGGCAAGAUCGUCAAGGUGGAUGGACUGACGUAA